AUGAGCCGAUUUAUCGUGGGAACCGCGGCCGUUGGGUCAGCGGCCGCUGUGGUCUUGGCCUUGGUCAGCGCCAUCUACAUCUACAAUGACAUCAACUCUCUCUAUUCCGAGAUUAUGCUUGACAUGCAAGAGUUCAAGCUCUAUGCCAACGAUGCCUGGGGAGGAAUGAUCAACAUCCAGCAGAUCAACAAGCCCAAGGUGACUUUCGACUCUCUUGUCGGCCGUAACAAGCGUCAAGCUGCUUGCGCUUGUGCUCGCCAAGCUUCAAGCUGUCCUCCAGGCCCACCUGGACCACCAGGAACCCCAGGUAUUCCCGGUGACGAUGGUACCCCAGGACAAGCUGGACAGCCUGGCCGCACUGGAGUCUCUCAACUCGACCUCCCCGGCCUCAAAGGUGCCUGCAUUACCUGCCCAGCUGGCCCCGCUGGACCUCCAGGCCCAGAUGGACCAGCUGGCCCACCAGGCCCAGACGGUCAGAACGGAAACCCAGGCCCAGACGGACAACCAGGAGUUGCUGGACCACCAGGCCCAAGCGGAGACCAAGGACCAGCCGGAAACCCAGGAACCAACGGACCUCCAGGAAACCCAGGACAGGAUGGACAACGCGCCAACCCCAUUCCCGGACCCAAGGGACCUGUCGGACCAGCUGGAGCUCCAGGAGCCCCAGGAGAUGCCGGAGCCGCCCCACCACCAGGCCCACAAGGACCACCCGGCCCAGUUGGACCAGUCGGCCAGCCAGGAAACCCCGGUCCCGACGGUCAGCCAGGCGCUGCUGGAGGCCCAGGAGUCCCAGGAGCUGAUGCUGCUUACUGUCCUUGCCCAGCCCGUACUGGUGAGGCCCCAGUUGCUGCCGCUCCAGCCGCUGCGCAAUCGUAUGAAGCUGCCGCCCCAGCUGCCCAGCCAGAUGUCACCACGGCCGCUCCAGCCCCAGCUGCUUCCGGCUACCGCCGCAGAAAGCUCCGCCGUCAACGUCAACGCCAGGCUUAG